AGCUGUUCAGCUGUCAAUUAGGCAAUAUUUUGACAUAUAAACACCAGGUGGUCGGUCUGCGACUCUCUGGAGCGUGUUCUUGGAGGCUGAAAUCCCCUGAUUCCGGUCGUAAUUCAGGAUGUCGUUGGAAAAGUUAUUAGACAAUGAAAUUGAAACAAACAUCCUUUCGUCUCUCACACUUUCAUCAAAAAUCGAAGUUCCUAGGGAUGAUUCAGACCAAGUGCAAUGUGUAAAGUGCAAAGAACAAUUUGAGUUUCCCGAGGGCCAGGAUGACUAUUUAGCGCAUAUUUACCUCGAGCACAGGCUAGUUAUCGCCGAUGUCGACGAUAUUGCUGACUUGAAAGGUUAUUUGGAGCAUUGGCAGAAAGCGUUUCAAGAUCAUGAGCUCGAGGAAUACUGCACCACUAUGCUGCUCGAUCAACUGCCGGACGGGACACCAUCAAAAAACGAGCGCUACUAUCUUCUUAGUGACAUUUUACCUCAGGACUUUGAACUUAGAAAAACACUACAUGCCACACGCCUUGAAAACGCCUUAGUCCAACAUCAAUUCGAACUCACCGACCGGAAUUUCUGCCGCGAAUGCUUAUACUGCCGGACAGUUAUCAAAGGACUCCGAUCCGAAUUUUUAGAGCAUCUUUUCAACAAGCACUUCCUACAGCUGGGGAAGCCUGAAAAUCUAGUUUAUAUUGACGAAUUGAUAGAUGUCGUUCAGAGCAAGCUUGAAAAUUUGAUUUGUUUGUUCUGUGAGAAAAUCUUCAAAGAUCGAGCUACACUCAAAGAGCAUAUGAGAAAGAAGGGUCAUAAGAGAAUCAACCCAGAUAUUAGAUUUUUCGAUAGGUUCUUUCUUGUUAAUUAUAAGCUAGAGAAGCCAAAGCAUGUGAAGAAUAUAAAGAAGCCACGGAAGCGUUCACAAAACAGCAAUAGGCAACGGGUUGAGGCCGUAAACAGCCCUAAUAAUCAGAAUAGUAAGAAACAUAACGACGACGCAGAGGAGAAUAAUGCUAUUAUCAAUGGCGAAGACAGUGAAUCAGAUUGGUCCGACUGGGAUGGGGAUAAACAAAAUCUUACGUGCUUAUUCUGUUCUACAAGUGAUGUGGAUUUCACAAAAGUAAAAUCUCAUAUGAUACUCUGUCAUGGUUUUGACUUUGAGAAAGAGCUCAAGCCAUUGAACUUCUAUCAAAAAAUCAAAAUAGUCAAUUAUAUUCGACGACAAAUGCAUGUUCUACGGUGCGUGACUUGUAAUAAUCGUUUUGAGAGUGCGGAAAAGUUAUCUCAUCAUUUGGAAACUGACAAACACUUCGGGAUUGGAGAGAAGAAGCAGUGGGAUCAGCCGGAGUUCUUUUUUCCCACAUAUGAAGAUGAUGGGAUCCUUUGCCACUUGGAAGACAAUGUAGACUGUGCUGAUUAUGAGGAUAGCGGGGUUGUGAUAUUAUCUGAAGAUUGUAAUGUAGCGAUUAAUAAGGAUGCAGAACAGUUGUCACUUGAGAAUUUUGUUUUGUGAAUGAAUCGAAUAAAUGAAGCUCCUUUGAAAA